AACUAUGACACUGUUGACAUAACUACUUCCUAGAAAUAAAUAAUUAUAAAAUAUGAAACAUGUGGUACGAUAUUCUCUUCCUUUCCAAUCUUAUAUAAGAGCUCAAAGCUCUAAAUCAACCAAAGAAUUUCCACACAAUAUAAUAAAAGUCCUAGAAAAAAGAAAAAUAUUCAUCCUCUAAAUUUUCAUUUGUCUAUAAACUCUUACUCUUACCUAGUAUAAUUAAGCUCAUCCCUUCAUGGCAUACCCACUUAGUUAUCCUCACCUUCCACAAAACAUGCUACUAGAGCAACAACUUUGCCAUCACCAACUCUUUAAUCCAUGGCCAAAUAAUCUUACCAAAAUUACAAGUUAUUCCUUAUUUUCUAGUCGACGUCGAUCAUCAAAACCUAAUAGAAUGAUUCAAAAUGCAUUAGUGCAAAGUCGUUUUGAAUUAUCGGUGGAAGAGAAAAGACAAAAAGAGUUUUUUCUUAUGCAGAAGCCUGAACCUCAAGAGGAUCCUAGGCUUCUGCGCGAGGUAUGGAGAGAAAUUCAUGGAAAAAAUGAUUGGGAAGGGAUAUUAGACCCUAUAAACUCCCAUCUUCGUCAAGAAAUACUACGUUAUGGGGAGUUUGCUCAAGCUUGUUAUGAUUCUUUUGAUUUUGAUCCUCACUCUAUGUACUGUGGAUCUUGUAAGUUUGUGACUACUGAAUUCUUUGACAAGUUGGAAAUGGCUCAUUAUGGCUAUAAUAUUUGUAGGUACCUUUAUGCAACCUCAAACAUUAAUCUUGAAAGUUUCUUCCAAAAGUCAAGAAGCAUUAGGAGUAUAUGGAGCCCACAUGCAAAUUGGAUGGGUUAUGUUGCGGUCACUAGUGAUGAAGAAGAGAUCAAAAGGCUUGGACGUAGGGACAUUCUCAUAUCAUGGCGAGGAACAGUCACAUACCUAGAAUGGUUGCAUGACCUUAAGAAUAUACUUCGACCAGCCCAUUUUAGAGACAACCCUAACGUCCAAAUUGAGUCCGGAUUUUAUGAUCUUUACACCACCAAGGAAGAGAAUUGUAAGUAUUGCUCGUUUUCAGCUCGCGAGCAAGUCUUAGCCGAGGUGAAGCGACUAGUCGAGCAGUUCAAAGGGGAGGAGCUCAGUAUAACAAUCACCGGGCAUAGUUUAGGUGGUGCACUUGCAUUACUUAGUGCGUAUGAUAUAGCCGAAAUGAGGCUUAAUAUUGUUCGAGAUGAUAAGAAUCGUACUAAGAAAAUACCAGUUUCGGUGUUUUCCUUCGCAAGUCCUAGGGUUGGAAAUCUUAAGUUUAAGGAGAGGUGUGAUGAGUUAGGAAUUAAACAACUUAGAGUGAUUAAUGUUCAUGAUAAGGUUCCCACUAUGCCUGGCCUUAUAGCCAAUGAGAAGAAUAAGUUACAAAAGUAUCUAGAAGACAAGGUACACUUUCCUUGGAGUUAUGCCCAUGUUGGGACUGAACUUCCUUUGGAUCAUACCCAUUCGCCUUUUCUUAAACCAUCUGCAGAUAUAGGUUGUACCCACAAUCUUGAAGCUCAUCUACACCUCAUUGAUGGUUACCAUGGUAAAGGAAAAAAAUUUAGCCUAGCUACCAAGAGAGAUAUAGCUCUUGUUAACAAGGACUCCAGCUUUCUUAAAUCUGAAUACGGGGUCCCUCCUCGAUGGAGGCAAGAUCUCAACAAGGGUAUGGUAAGGAACGCAGAGGGCCGGUGGGUUGUUCCUGAACGAGCUAGAGUCGAGCACCAUUCACCCGACACUGCCCACCACUUUGCCCUUGCCAUGAAGUUUGCUUAUGACCCACAUUUUCACUUAUCGUUCAAUGGCGAUCCAUGAAGGGGUUUAUUAGCUACUCUACAACAUCCAUGGUUAAUUUUGAGAUAUCAUUCAAAAGGCCUUUCGCUUAGGGCCCACCAUUUGAAAUGUCUUAAUAUGAAAUUCAACCAAAAGGAAAUAAAACAAACAAGAUGUGACAUUGUUUUGGGGUGUACAUAUAUGGUAUUAAUUGUAUGAUGCACUUGUUUUGGAACUUUUGUACACCUAAAUCAUGUGGUUUGUGGUUCUCAUCUUAAGGUUGUACGAAAUGUCAAUGAAUACAAUGUUGAUAACACAUUGUUUAUUGAUGUAACAUUGUCAAUUUGCACUACAACGUUUGUGGGGCAUUUAUUUAAGUUGGGUGUUGGGGACCAAGUCAUCAACAUCAAAUUGCUCAUGUACGUAUAUGUAUGUCAGGGAUGCUGUAAAUAGUUUGAUGUGAGUUAUAAAUUGAUGCAUGUGUAUAUAUAUAAUACAAUUACAAUAAUUAA